AUGAAUACAGGCAGUCAGGUACGCCUGCUACUGUGGAAGAACUGGACUCUACGCAAGAGACAGAAGGUACCGCUAACUCACUAUCCUAACUGUCUUUUAUCAACAUUAGGUUUUUUAAUCAAAGUAUUGUUCCUGUGAGUAAAUCAACAACGAAAGUCAACAGAUCAGUAACACCCUAUUUGAGUCCCAACCAAAUACCCUCCCUAGUGUAUGAUAUAUCUGCUUCCUCAGUUGUAAGUUAUUACAACAGUUAUUACAAUAGUUAUUACAACAGUUAUUACAACAGUUAUCAGAACAGUUAUUACAAUAGUUAUUACAACAGUUAUCAGUUAUUACAAUAGUUAUUUAAACAGUUAUUACAACAGUUAUUACAACAGUUGUCCGUUAUUACAACAGUUAGUAAAACAGUUAUCAGUUAUUACAAUAGUUAUUACAACAGUUAUCAGUUAUUACAAUAGUUAUUUAAACAGUUAUUACAACAGUUAUUACAACAGUUGUCCGUUAUUACAACAGUUAGUAAAACAGUUAUCAGUUAUUACAAUAGUUAUUACAACAGUUAUCAGUUAUUACAAUAGUUAUUACAACAGUUAUCAGUUAUUACAAUAGUUAUUACAACAGUUAUCAGUUAUUACAAUAGUUAUUACAACAGUUAUCAGUUAUUACAACAGUUAUUACAACAGUUAUCAGUUAUUACAACAGUUAUUAUACUAUUCAGUUAUAGUAAUACAUAUACUGUAAGUAAGUAAAUUCUCUCUCCUCCACGUCUCUGUUCAGAUCCGCUUCCUGGUGGAGAUUCUGUGGCCGGUGGUUCUGUUCAUUGGUCUGGUGUGGCUGAGGAAAGCCAACCCUCUUUACAAACAACAUGAAUGUAAGACUCACUUAUAACCAUUUCUCUGUACCAUUUAUUAGUAUCUUAUAGAGUCUGGGGACCUGAAAAUGGUUGCUAUCAUGGAAAUGACUGAAGCAUUGAUAGAGGAUCUCUUGAUAAGACUUUUGAAGGUUGUUUUCAAAUAGAACCAGGUCUAACUGCUUCUCACGUAUCUUCAGUGUUCAAGUACUUCAUAUAUUUGUUGUACUUUGUCUUUCACUCCAUGUCUGUCUCUCCAGGUCACUUCCCCAACAAGGCCAUGCCUUCCACAGGUAUCAUCCCGUGGAUCCAGGGUAUCUUCUGUAACGCCAACAACCCUUGCUUCAAACACCCUACCAGGGCAGAGGGCCCUGGGGUGGUCUCCAACUACAACAACUGCAUGUGAGAUACCUUAUAAUCUCUUAUAACCCCUUAUAACCCCUUAUAAUCUCUUAUAACCCAUUAUAACCUCUUAUAACCCAUUAUAACCUCUUAUAACCCCUUAUAACCCCUUAUAAUCUCGUAUAACCCAUUAUAACCCCUUAUAAUCUCUUAUAACCCCUUAUAACCCCUUAUAAUCUCUUAUAACCCCUUAUAACCCCUUAUAAUCUCUUAUAACCCCUUAUAACCUCUUAUAACCCAUUAUAACCUCUUAUAACCCCUUAUAACCCCUUAUAGCCUCUUAUAACCCCUUAUAACCUCUUAUAACCCCUCUUAUAACCUCUUAUAACCCCUUAUAACCCAUUAUAACCUCUUAUAACCCCUUAUAACCCCUUAUAACCCCGUAUACCCCUUAUAACCCACCUUAUGUGAGCUCAACAACUAUCCCUCCCCUCAUUCCUUCUGAGUCUAUCAUCCCUCUCUCCUCUCUCCUUUCUCCUUCAGUAUCUCAUCCCUCUCUCCUCCAAAGCCUCCUUUCAUCGAGGAUACUCAUGUUAUUUCUAGCGCAGAAGAGUUUGGAAAUCUUUCACACCCCCUCUGCCACACCCCCUCUGAGUCAGCUGUUGUUUUGUCAGAGGAGAAAAACACACACACACUAAUUAUACGCUACUUAUUGUUUUAUCUAGAAAAUGUCUUGCACAACUAACUUCAUUUGUUUUGAGCACAUUUAUUUUGGGAUCCACCCCUGUAAACCUCAUUUAUUUUGGGAUCCACCCCUGUAAACCUCAUUUAUUUUGGGAUCCACCCCUGUAAACCUCAUUGGCCUAAUGACGUGCGAAUGGAGAAGGACCGGCUCAUUUCAAGCAAGCGCAUUUCCAUCCACGUUCGCUCUCCUCUCCGACUCUCCUCGAUUAACUAUGACCUUUUUCAAAAGGAGGUGAGAGAGGAUGCAGGAGGUAGGCAUAUCUAAUUGAUAAAAGACCUCUAUUCCCCUCUCUCCUUAAUCGCCCCUCAUCAGCAUCUCUCAGCCCUUUGUAUAAUACAGUGAGGGAAAAAAGUAUUUGAUCCCCUGCUGAUUUUGUACGUUUGCCCACUGACAAAGACAUGAUCAGUCUAUAAUUUUAAUGGUAGGUUUAUUUGAACAGUGAGAGACAGAAUAACAACAAGAAAAUCCAGAAAAGCGCAUGUCAAAAAUGUUAUAAAUUGAUUUGCAUUUUAAUGAGGGAAAUAAGUAUUUGACCCCUCUGCAAAACAUGACUUAGUACUUGGUGGCAAAACCCUUGUUGGCCAUCACAGAGGUCAGACGUUUCUUGUAGUUGGCCACCAGGUUUGCACACAUCUCAGGAGGGAUUUUGUUCCACUCCUCUUUGCAGAUCUUCUCCAAGUCAUUAAGGUUUCGAGGCUGACGUUUGGCAACUCGAACCUUCAGCUCCCUCCACAGAUUUUCUAUGGGAUUAAGGUCUGGAGACUGGCUAGGCCACUCCAGGACCUUAAUGUGCUUCUUCUUGAGCCACUCCUUUGUUGCCUUGGCCGUGUGUUUUGGGUCAUUGUCAUGCUGGAAUACCCAUCCACGACCCAUUUUCAAUGCCCUGGCUGAGGGAAGGAGGUUCUCACCCAAGAUUUGAUGGUACAUGGCCCCAUCCAUCGUCCCUUUGAUGUGGUGAAGUUGUCCUGUCCCCUUAGCAGAAAAACACCCCCAAAGCAUAACGUUUCCACCUCCAUGUUUGGCGGUGGGGAUGGUGUUCUUGGGGUCAUAGGCAGCAUUCCUCCUCCUCCAAACACGGCGAGUUGAGUUGAUGCCAAAGAGCUCGAUUUUGGUCUCAUCUGACCACAACACUUUCACCCAGUUCUCCUCUGAAUCAUUCAGAUGUUCAUUGGCAAACUUCAGACGGGCCUGUAUAUGUGCUUUCUUGAGCAGGGGGACCUUGCGGGCGCUGCAGGAUUUCAGUCCUUCACGGCGUAGUGUGUUACCAAUUGUUUUCUUGGUGACUAUGGUCCCAGCUGCCUUGAGAACAAUCUUGUCUACAAUCUUGUCCCUGACAUCCUUGGAGAGCUCUUUGGUCUUGGCCAUGGUGGAGAGUUUGGAAUCUGAUUGAUUGAUUGCUACUGUGGACAGGUGUCUUUUAUUCAGGUAACAAGCUGCGAUUAGGAGCACUCCCUUUAAGAGUGUGCUCCUAAUCUCAGCUCGUUACCUGAAUAAAAGACACCUGGGAGCCAGAAAUCCUUCUGAUUGAGAGGGGGUAAAAUACUUAUUUCCCUCAUUAAAAUGCAAAUCAAUUUAUAACAUUUUUGAAAUGCGUUUUCUCGAUUUUUGUUUUGUUAUUCUGUCUCGCACUGUUCAAAUAAGCCUACCAUUAAAAUUAUAGACCGAUCAUUUCUUUAUCAGUGGGCAAACGUACAAAAUCAGCAGGGGAUCAAAUACUUAGCAGAUGCUUUUAUCCAAAGCGACUUACAGUCAGGCGUGCAUAAAGUUUUCUUAUGGGUGGUCCCGGGAAUCAAACCCACAAUCCUUGGCGCACCAUCCCCUACCAACUGAGCCCCAAAGCCUCUCUCCUUAAUCUCACGCAUCCCUCUGUCCCUCACCGUCUCUCCGUCUCAUCCCUCUCUCCUUCACCGUCUCUCAGUCUCAUCCCUCUCUCCUUCACCGUCUCUCAGUCUCAUCCCUCUCUCCCUCACCGUCUCUCAGUCUCAUCCCUCUCUCCCUCACCGUCUCUCAGUCUCAUCCCUCUCUCCAGGAUUUAUUUCUUCCCUCUCUCCCUCACCGUCUCUCAGUCUCAUCCCUCUCUCCCUCACUGUCUCUCAGUCUCUUCCCUCUCUCCCUCACCGUCUCUCAUUCUCUUCCCUCUCUACCUCAUCGUCUCUCAGUCUUAUCCCUCUCUACCUCAUCGUCUCUCAGUCUCAUCCCUCUCUCCCUCACCGUCUCUCAGUCUCAUCCCUUUCUCCCUCACCGUCUCUCAGUCUCAUCCCUCUCUCCCUCACCGUCUCUCAGUCUCAUCCCUCUCUCCCUCACUGUCUCUCAGUCUCAUCCCUCUCUCCCUCACCGUCUCUCAGUCUCAUCCCUCUCUACCUCAUCGUCUCUCAGUCUCAUCCCUCUCUCCCUCACCGUCUCUCAGUCUCAUCCCUCUCUCCUUCAACCUCUCAUCAUUUUCUCUAUUACCACCUAGAAGAACAUGGUUCUGUGCUUUAGACUCAGAUGUUCUGCUGGGUUCUACAUGGUUCUGUGCUUUAGACUCAGAUGUUCUGCUGGGUUCUCCAUGGUUCUGUGCUUUAGACUCAGAUGUUCUGCUGGGUUCUCCAUGGUUCUAUGCUGUAAAUUCAGAUGUUCUGCUGGGUUCUCCACGGUCCUAUACUCAAUUGUCUUGAUUGGUUCUAUGUUCUGUGUUCUAGACUGGCGCGGUUCUGGGCUGACUCCAAUGAGCUGUUGUUCGACGACCCAGAGUUCCAGCAGUUGGGUCGGCUGUGGGAGGACAUGGCCGUCAUGAACAACUUCAUGGACACCAUCUGUAACACACCAGAACAGAUAGCAGGUACUGACUACAACCCUGCCCACAAUGAGUCCAGGGAUGUGUUUAUCAGUGCAUACUGAAGCAAACCGUAGAAAAACAUUACAACAAACAGUUAGUUUCAUAUUGGGCAAGUCCAGGUUAGUCCCUCCCUGUUUCGGCUCUUUGGUUCUGUUUGCUUCUGUUUGGUUCUGUUUGCUUCUGUUUGGUUCUGUUUGGUUCCUAGUGAAUACACCCCUGAUCCCCCUCUUCCUCACCUGCAGUAUAGACCUCCUCUUUGUUCUCUCUCCGUUAGUGUUUCUCUCACUUAUCUCUCCCUCAGUAUCCAAGCCAUGUUUUAUUCCUGUUCCAGGUCGGGGUCUGAAGAUAGAGGACAUCCUGAAGGAUGAUGAGAUGUUGACAGCCUUCCUGCUGAGAGACUCUGGCUUGUCAGAGUCUGUGGUUCAUCAGCUGAUUAACGCUCAAGUCCGUCCAGAACAGGUAUGUCGGUAAAACAGGUAGAACUAAUACCUAGGGAGAUUGAAUAGUGCUCCGUUUCACUGUUGUUUUAUUCCCUUGGACUGGCUAGAAAGAAACAUGGGAAUGUUGUAUUAGAAAUAACUUUUCUGAUGCUUUUUCUUGGGACACGUUUCUGUCUGUGACUUGAUACAGAUACAGAUUUUCACUGUGGUCAGAGAAUGACUGCCCGGUGGUGACAGUAUCAUCCAGCGACAUUUCAGUUUGACAUUGCUGGGAUGUGUUUUGGAAUGAUUUAGGCCUAAAACCGUCCUUGCCACUGACUGGUGGUCCUCUGUAGUUCAGUUGGUACAGUAUGGCGCUUUGGCGCUUGCAACGCCAGAAUAGCGGGUUCGAUUCCUGGGACCACCCAUAUGUAAAAUGUAUUCACACAUGACUGUAAGUGCCUAAGGAUGAAAGUGUCUGUUGAAUGGUAGAUUGUAUUAUGUAUCACAUUAUUGAGUCUUGCUCGCUCUUUGGGUAUCAGGCUUGGUUACUGUAAAACGUUUUUAUUUAAACGCUAGAUAAAAGUGUGAAUAUUUUUUUUACCUUUAUUUAACUAGGCAAGUCAGUUAAGAACAAAUUCUUAUUUACAAUGACGGCCUACACCGGCCAAACCCGGACGACGCUGGGCCAAUUGUGCGCCGCCCUAUGGGACUCCCAAUCACGGCCGGUUGUGAUACAGCCUGGAAUCGAACCAGGGGGUCUGUAGUGACGCCUCAAGCACUGAGAUGCAGUCUUAGACCGCUGCGCCACUCGGGAGCCCAAUGCUGUAUUCAUAUUGUAAUGUUUGUUGUUGUUAAUUUAUCUAAUCCGUACUGGGACAAAUAAAAUUAAAAUAUAAAAUAAAAUAUAAACUGACCGUGGUCUCCUCUCCCCCGUGAAGUUUGCCCACGGGGUUCCAGACCUCCAGCUGAAGGACAUCGCUUGCAGCCAGGCUCUUCUGGAGAGGUUCAUCAUCUUCCCCAGCCGGAGAGGCAUGUACGGGGUGCGCAACGCCAUGUGUGCCCUGUCCCAGCAGCGCCUGCAGAAGAUAGAGGACAUGCUCUAUGCUAACGUUGACUUCUUCAAGAUCUUCAGACUGGUACGGGACGAUGGAUGUCUUUCCUAGUCUCUAUCUAUCAAUCUGUCUUACUCUCUCUCUCUCUCUCUCUCUCUCUCUCUCUCUCUCUCUCUCUCUCUCUCUCUCUCUCUCUCUCUCUCUCUCUCUCUCUCUCUCUCUCUCUCUCUCUCUCUCUCUCUCUCUCUCUCUCUCUCUCUCUCUCUCUCUCUCUCUCUUCUUUAUUGUCCUGCCCUUCUCCAUCUCUUUUCUCCCCCUCUCUCUCUUUCUAAAAUAUUAAUGUCCACUCUCUAAUGUUUGCUUAAUUUAUCUGCAUGUCCAGCCCUUAUAUUUAGCCUCACAAUGAAGUGUUUUACCAUUUUAUUUUCUGGACAACCAGGGCACUAAACAAAUAGUUUUUACAAGUAGAACACAAAACAAUUUGACAUAAACAGUUGCAUUCAUGAGUUUUAUUGACAAAUGUCAAAACAAAAAAUAAGGUCAGCCAAAGCAAAAUGUGGAUACAAAUAAAUGUAUAUGAAAGCUGUAAGUACAGAAAUUGUUUACUCAGUGGGAAAUGAAUAUCCAACUAGUCAGUGACAACUUUGUGGGGUUUAGAGUCUAUAAUCUUCUAUGUAGAAGGACCCCUUACCUUCUAACGACUCUUGAGUAGCUUGUGAGCAUCAUAGAGCAAAUCAUGUACGUGUUUGUGAGUCUCAGCUGUUCAUAGAUAGCUUUAGAACAUGUACGUGUUUGUGAGUCUCAGCUGUUCAUAGAUAGCUUUUAACAGUUUGUAGCUCAAACCAUUCGGACUCUACAGACGUUUUUGUAAAAAGACCCGGUCCCGGGCCCCUUUCGGGAUCCGCCCUUGUCUCACAAACAUCUCUCUAGCUCCUCCCCCCAUUCAUCAGACUAAUGUUAUCUACGGAUGCAGAAGAAAUAGACUAAUCCAAUGGUGCAAACCAGAAGUCCAAAUUGCGGCGGUGGGACUUAUUGGGAUAAUGUUUUCGACGGUCAGGCCUGGCAUCUGCCAAUACAGCUGUUGACAGGCUCAUCCUGGCAUCUGCCAAUACAGCUGUUGACAGGCUCAUCCUGGCAUCUGCCAAUACAGCUGUUGACAGGCUCAUCCUGGCAUCUGCCAAUACAGCUGUUGACAGGCUCAUCCUGGCAUCUGCCAAUACAGCUGUUGACGGGCUCAUCCUGGCAUCUGCCAAUACAGCUGUUGACAGGCUAAUUAGAUGGAGACCAGAGAGAAAGAUACAUCCCAACUAGUGGCGCCAGGUGGAUACUACAGUGAGAGAGGGUCCUUGUGACACAGAACCUAACUGUUGUGUUUUUGGUAUCCUAUCACUUGACCUGUCUCUUUUUACUUCCCUCUAAUCCUUCCUCCUCCUCCUCCUCCUCCUCCUCCUCCUCCCUCUAAGGCAGUGGUAUUCAAAUUUUUUCAGCGGGGACCCGAUUUUUUCCCCCAAGAAUUUAUUGCGAAACCACCCCACAGCAAAUCUAAUGGGUAAAUAUCUAUUUUAACAUCAACAAAUAACCUUCAUGACAUUUUCCUCUCUAGAUAUCCCCUUUCCUUUUUUAGCAAAAUGAAAUGAAACCAAUUAAAACAUUUACUCAAUAAAACGUUUGUAUAUUGUCCCAGAAAAUAAUCUGUACUCUUUAUUUAAUGUCACAACACCAAAACAAAACCAAAUAAAUGUUUUAUUUUUGGUGACCCCACUGCAGUUCUCUCGCGCCCCCUUUAGGGGUCAAGACCCCAACUUUGAAUACCCCUGCUCUAAGGCCUCUUGUCCUCCUCCUCUCUCUCCUCCUCCCCCUUUCUCUCCCCCUUUCUCUCCCCCAUCUCUCUCCCCCAUCUCUCUCUCCUCCUCACCCUUUCUCUCCCCCUUUCUCUCUCCCCCAUCUCUCUCUCAUACUUCUCUUACUGUCCUCCCUUCUGUCUCCCCCCAUCUCCCCCCUUCUGUCUCCUCCCAUCUCUCCCCUUCUGUCUCCCCCCCCCCCCAUCAGGGUUCAGUCCAGGAUAUAGUCUCCAGAAGGCAGGUGACUGGCUCAGCCAGGUUGGCAUGGCGACAGAGCGAUAGCCUCUUGGCCUAUUUCCAUAAUAGGAUUAGUUAAUGAGUUAGGCCACGCCCCCCCUCCCUCAGCUCACUCAGAGAGACACACUAAGAGGUGAUGAAGCCAUACUACUAGAGACAGGACCAUGUGUCCCCUAUAGGGAGAGGAGAUAGAUCCAGGACAAUACUGUAUCUAUCUGGUCUCCUAUAUCCUGUAACCUAGCUAGAAGAUAGAUCCAGGACAAGACUGUACCUAUCUGGUCUCCUAUAUCCUGUAACCUAGCUAGAAGAUAGAUCCAGGACAAUACUGCACAGCUCUGUUAGUGAGGCUGUGUGUAUAAAUACACAUGGGCCAAAUGUGUUACAUAUAGCCAGAUAACACCUAUAGAACAGCCGAGGUAAUACGGUCUGUUGGUGUGUGAGGGCAGGUUGGUUAGGGCGGGUUACCUGUAUAAAUACACAUAGGCCCUUUGUCACCGAGAGAAAAUAGAGCCUGGAGAACACUGUACCUAUCUGAUCUCUCAUAUCCUGUCACCUAGAGAAAAAUCGAGCUAGGGCCAAAACUGGUCUGUUGCUGCUCUGCUAGUUUUGUCUUAUUCACACAAAUAUAUAUAUGUGGAAUGUUUUCUAUAUUCAGAGUUGGAUGUUGAGUCUUGAGUUUGACCUGUGGGACUCUGGUGUAAAGCCCAUUACCUUAACAGAAGAGUCUUGAGUUUGACCUGUGGGACUCUGGGUGUAAAGCCCAUUACCUUAACAGAAGAGUCUUGAGUUUGACCUGUGGGACUCUGGUGUGAAGCCCAUUACCUUAACAGAAGAGUCUUGAGUUUGACCUGUGGGACUCUGGUGUGAAGCCCAUUACCUUAACAGAAGAGUCUUGAGUUUGACCUGUGGGACUCUGGUGUAAGCCCAUUACCUUAACAAAGAGUCUUGAGUUUGAACCUGGGGACUACGGGUGUAAAGCCCAUUACCUUAACAGAAGAGUCUUGAGUUUGGACCUGUGGGACUCUGGUGUAAAGCCAUUACCUUAACAGAAGAGUCUUGAGUUUGACCUGUGGGGACUCUGGGUGUAGAAGCCCAUGUACCAUUAACAGAAAGAGUCUUGAGUUUGACCUGUGGGAACUCUGGGUGUAAAAAGCCCAUUUAUCCCCUUAACAGAAGAGUCUUGAGUUUGACCGUUGGGACCUUCUGGGUGUAAAGCCCAUUCCUUAACAGAAAAGAGAUCUUGGAGUUUGACCUGUGGGAACUCUGGGUGUAAAGCCCAGUUACCUUAACAGAAGAGUCUUGAGUUUGACCUGUGUGACUCUGGUGUAAAGCCCAUUACUUAACAGAAGAGUCUUGAGUUUGACCUGUGGGACUCUGGUGUAAAGCCCAUUACCUUAACAGAAAGAGUCUUGAGUUUGACCCGUGGGACUCUGGUGUAAGCCCUUACCUUAACAGAAGAGUCUUGAGUUUGACCUGUGGGACUCUGGUGUAAAAGCCAGUUACCUUAACAGAAGAUCUUGAGUUUGACCUGUGGGACUCUGGUGUUAAAGCCCAUUACCUUAACAGAAGAGUCUUGAGUUUGACCUGUGGACUCUGGUGUAAAGCCCGUUACCUUAACAGAAGAGUCUUGAGUUUGACCUGUGGGACUCUGGUGUAAAGCUCGUUACCUUAACAGAAGAGUCUUGAGUUUGACCUGUGGGACUCUGGUGUAAAGCCCGUUACCUUAACAGAAGAGUCUUGAGUUUGACCUGUGGGACUCUGGAGUAAAGCCCGUUACCUUAACAGAAGAGUCUUGAGUUUUGACCUGUGGGACUCUGGUGUAAAGCCCGUUACCUUAACAGAAGAGUCUUGAGUUUGACCUGUGGGACUCUGGUGUAAAGCCCGUUACCUUAACAGAAGAGUCUUGAGUUUGACCUGUGGGACUCUGGUGUAAAGCCCGUUACCUUAACAGAAGAGUCUUGAGUUUGACGUGUGGGACUCUGGUGUAAAGCCCGUUACCUUAACAGAAGAGUCUUGAGUUUGACCUGUGGGACUCUGGUGUAAAGCCCGUUACCUUAACAGAAGAGUCUUGAGUUUGACCUGUGGGACUCUGGUGUAAAGCCCGUUACCUUAACAGAAGAGUCUUGAGUUUGACCUGUGGGACUCUGGUGUAAAGCCCGUUACCUUAACAGAAGAGUCUUGAGUUUGACCUGUUUGACUCUGGUGUAAAGCCCGUUACCUAACAGAAGAGGUCUUGAGUUUGACCUGUGGGACUCUGGUGUAAAGCCCGUUACCUUAACAGAAGAGUCUUGAGUUUGACCUGUGGGACUCUGGUGUAAAGCCCGUUACCUUAACAGAAGAGUCUUGAGUUUGACCUGUGGGACUCUGGUGUAAAGCCCGUUACCUUAACAGAAGAGUCUUGAGUUUGACCUGUGGGACUCUGGUGUAAAGCCCGUUACCUUAAAAGAAGAGUCUUGAGUUUGACCUGUGGGACUCUGGUGUAAAGCCCGUUACCUUAACAGAAGAGUCUUGAGUUUGACCUGUGGGACUCUGGUGUAAAGCCCGUUACCUUAACAGAAGAGUCUUGAGUUUGACCUGUGGGACUCUGGUGUAAAGCCCGUUACCUUAACAGAAGAGUCUUGAGUUUGACCUGUGGGACUCUGGUGUAAAGCCCGUUACCUUAACAGAAGAGUCUUGAGUUUGACCUGUGGGACUCUGGUGUAAAGCCCAUUACCUUAACAGAAGAGUCUUGAGUUUGACCUGUGGGACUCUGGUGUAAAGCCCAUUACCUUAACAGAAGAGUCUUGAGUUUGACCUGUGGGACUCUGGUGUAAAGCCCAUUACCUUAACAGAAGAGUCUUGAGUUUGACCUGUGGGACUCUGGUGUAAAGCCCAUUACCUUAACAGAAGAGUCUUGAGUUUGACCUGUGGGACUCUGGUGUAAAGCCCAUUACCUUAACAGAAGAGUCUUGAGUUUGACCUGUGGGACUCUGGUGUAAAGCCCAUUACCUUAACAGAAGAGUCUUGAGUUUGACCUGUGGGACUCUGGUGUAAAGCCCAUUACCUUAACAGAAGAGUCUUGAGUUUGACCUGUGGGACUCUGGUGUAAAGCCCAUUACCUUAACAGAAGAGUCUUGAGUUUGACCUGUGGGACUCUGGUGUAAAGCCCAUUACCUUAACAGAAGAGUCUUGAGUUUGACCUGUGGGUCUCUGGUGUAAAGCCCAUUACCUUAACAGAAGUGUCUUGAGUUUGACCUGUGGGACUCUGGUGUAAAGCCCAUUACCUUAACAGAAGAGUCUUGAGUUUGACCUGUGGGACUCUGGAGUAAAGCCCAUUACCUUAACAGAAGAGUCUUGAGUUUGACCUGUGGGACUCUGGAGUAAAGCCCAUUACCUUAACAGAAGAGUCUUGAAUUUGACCUGUGGGACUCUGGUGUAAAGCCCAUUACCUUAACCAGCAUAGUGUAUACAGACUAGGAAUAGAUCACUACUAAGAGAGAUACUGGGUAAAAUGAUAAUGCUUGUGUCUCCGCCCUAACAAUGGGAUUUGUUGUCCACAGAGCGGAAUGGCGGGCUGUCAAACUCCCGCCUAGUCCUCUCUUUGGAUUGGUGGAUACAUCUCGUUAUUUGAAUGCUUUUUUUUUUACUAUUCGAUGAGGGGUGUUGACAUCAACUGGCUGUAUUCAUGAAUAUGGUGGUCCUCUGUAGCUCAGCUGGUAGAGUACGGCGCUUGUAACGCCAAGGUAGUGGGUUCGAUCCCCGGGACCACCCAUACACAAAAAUGUAUGCACGCACGACUGUAAGUCGCUUUGGAUAAAAGCGUCUGCUAAAUGGCAUAUUAUUAUUAUUAAUAUGCAUGGACUCUGAUAUAAAGUGUUUCUUCUUGAAGUUGCCGGGAUGUCACGUGCAUCACACUUAUAUUAGUACCCUCGUAACAACUUAAACAAUUCAUGUUUAUCUUGACUAAAUUCGACACUUUCUCAUUGCCCCCAAUACAAAAACUCCUCAUAAAUGAUCCGCUUAACAUGGACAUAUUUUGGGCGGAGUAAACCCUCUUGCUUCACCUCUUCCUCUCUGUUACUAGUUUGUCCUCUCAACCCUUAACCCUUAACCUCUCCUAUUCCCCUUGUCCCUCCCUCCCUCCCUCCCUCCCUCCCUCCCCCCCUCCCUCCCUCCCUCCCUCCCUCCCUCCUUUGUUCAUUGAAAUGGAAGUGUAAGGAAUGUCAUAGGAAGCAUGUAAGAUGUUUGUGUUGGCGUUCUCUGUUUCCGUAGUGACUCUGUGCCAUGUCAGGGGCCUUGAAGACCCAGUGUUAAGGGGUUUUCCUUUAAAGUCGUACAUCAUCUCUUGCACAUCUAUCAUUCUAGUGUUAAUACUAAUUGUAAUUAUUUUGCACUAUAGCCUAUUUAUUGCCUUACCUCCAUAACUUGCUACAUUUGCACACAUUGUAUAUAUAUUUUCUGUUGUAUUUUUGACUUUGUGUUUUGUUUUACCCCAUAUGUAACUCUGUGUUGUUGUUUUUAUCGCACUGCUUUGCUUUAUCUUGGCCAGGUCGCAGUUGUAAAUGAGAACUUGUUCUCAACUGGCUUACCUGGUUAAAUAAAGGUGAAAUAAUUUUUUUAAAAUAAAAAGUCGUAAAGGUGAAAGAGUUGAGAGUAAAGCACCCUGCUAGUUGAUUUAGGCCUGGUUAGUUACCUUUGCAUUUUAUUUUUAUUUUAUUUCACCUUUAUUUAACCAGGUAAGCCAGUUGAGAACAAGUUCUCAUUUACAACUGCGACCUGGCCAAGAUAAAGCAAAGCAGUGCGAUAAAAACAACAACACAGAGUUACAUAUGGGGUAAAACAAAACAUAAAGUCAAAAAUACAACAGAAAAUACAUAUACAGUGUGCGAAUGUAGUAAGUUAUGGAGGUAAGGCAAUAAAUAGGCCAUAGUUCAAAAUAGUUACAAUUCCGUAUAAUACUGGAAUGAUAGAUGUGCAAGAGAUGAUGUGCAAAUAGAGAUACUGGGGUGCAAAUUAGCAAAAUAAAUAACAAUAUGGGGAUGAGGUAGUUGGAUGGGCUAAUUUCAGAUGGGCUGUGUACAGGUGCAGUGAUUGGUAAGCUGCUCUGACAACUGAUGCUUAAAGUUAGUGAGGGAGAUAAGAGUCUCCAGCUUCAGAGAUUUUUGCAGUUCAUUCCAGUCAUUGGCAGCAGAGAACUGGAAGGAAUGGCGGCCAAAGGAGGUGUUGGCUUUGGGGAUGACCAGUGAGAUAUGCCUGCUGGAGCGCAUACUACGGGUGGGUGUUGCUAUGGUGACCAGUGAGCUAAGAUAAGACGGGGAUUUGCCUAGCAGUGAUUUAUAGAUGACCUGGAGCCAGUGGGUUGGUGACAAAUAUGUAGUGAGGGCCAGCCAACAAGAGCGUACAGGUCACAAUGGUGGGUAGUUUAUGGGGCUUUGGUGACAAAACGGAGGUUUGUUAACACAGUGUCCAAUGAAGGGCCAGAUGUAUACAAAAUGGUGUCGUCUGCAUAGAGGUGGAUCUGAGAGUCACCAGCAGCAAGAGCGACAUCAUUGAUAUACACAGAGAAUAGAGUCGGCCCGAGAAUUGAACCCUGUGGCACCCCCAUAGAGACUGCCAGAGGUCCAGACAACAGGCCCUCCGAUUUGACACAUUGAACUCUUUCUGAGAAGUAGUUGGUGAACCAGGCGAGGCAGUCAUUUGAGAAACCAAGGCUAUUUAGUCUGCCAAUAAAAAUGUGGUGGUUGACAGAGUUGAAAGCCUUGGCCAGGUCGAUGAAGACGGCUGCGCAGUACUGUCUUUUAUCGAUCGCGGUUAUAAUAUCGUUUAGGACCUUGAGCGUGGCUGAGGUGCACCCAUGACCAGCUCGGAAACCGGAUUGCAUAGCGGAGAAGGUACGGUGUAAUUCGAAAUGGUCGGUGAUCUGUUUGUUAACUUGGCAUUCAAAAACGUUCGAAAGGCAGGGCAGGAUGGAUAUAGGUCUGUAACAGUUUAUAUCUAGAGUGUCACCCCCUUUGAAGAGGGGGAUGACCACGGCAGCUUUCCAAUCUCUGGGGAUCUCAGAUGUUACGAAAGAGAGGUUGAACAGGCUGGUAAUAGGGGUUGCGACAAUUUCGGCUGCUAAUUUUAGAAAGAAAGGUUCCAGAUUGUCUAGCCCAGCUGAUUUGUAGGGGUCCAGAUUUUUCAGCUCUUUCAGAACAUCAGCUGUUUGAAUUUGUGUAAAGGAGAAGCGGGGGGGGGGGGCAUGGGCAAGUUGCAGUGGAGGGUGCAGAGCUGGUGGCCGGGGUAGUUGUAGCCAGGUGGAAAGCAUGGCCAGCCGUAGCAAAAUGCUUGUUGAAAUUCUCGAUUAUUGUAGAUUUAUCGGUGGUGACAGUGUUUCCUAGCCUCAGUGCAGUGGGCAGUUGGGAGGAGGUGCUCUUAUUCUCCAUGGACUUUACAGUGUCCCAAAACUUUUUGGAGUUAGUGCUACAAGAUGCACAUUUCUGUUUGAAAAAGCUAGCCUUUGCUUUCAUAACUGAUUGUGUAUAUUGGUUCCUGACUUCCCUGAAAAGUCCUAGUUUUAGGCCCAGUUAGUUACCUUUGCAUGAUUUAGGCCUAGUUAGCUAUCUUUGCAAAAUUGUAAAUAUUUGCUAACCUCGCCAUAUCCCAAAACGAAUCAAAUAAAAAUGUAUUCUAAGUGCUUUUAAACAUCUCAAAGUAUUCAAACUUUCUGUUUCAUGUAUUUGACAGGGACAAUGCACAUCUCAUCAAUAUUUCUGUAAAUGUUCCAGCCGGCUAGUCUUCAUCUGUAGUCCCUGAAAUGUGGAAUGAUUAGAUGAGGAGCGGCAGUGGCUAGAAGGCCGGUGACGACGAACGCCGAAGCCUGACCGAACAAGUAGAGGUGGCAGCUUCGGAGGGAGUCGUGACACCAACUGUAUGUCCAACCUGUCCAAUCUGUCUUUUCCCAGCUGCCCCGGGUGUUGGACAACCACACGGACGGACCAGACCUACGCUACUGGGGGCGUGUCCUUACCGCUGUAUCAGAGAAGGUCCAAGUGGUGAGUGGUCAUCUAUCAUCUCUCUCUGUCCUCUCUUUAUCUCUCCCCCUCCCUCUCAACAUUUUCUGAAUACCCUCUCUGAUUUCUCCCAGUAACAAGAAGCUGUUAGUUUCUCCCACUAGGAUCUGUGAUGAGGAAGCUGUUAGUGUCUCCUAGCAACAGGAAGCUGUGAUGAGGAAGCUGUUAGUUUCUCCCACUAGGAUCUGUGAUGAGGAAGCUGUUAGUGUCUCCUAGUAACAGGAAGCUGUGAUGAGGAGGCUGUUAGUUUCUCCCACUAGGAUCUGUGAUGAGGAAGCUGUUAGUGUCUCCUAGUAACAGGAAAAUGUGAUGAGGAAGCUGUUAGUUUCUUCUAGUAACAGGAAGCUGUGAUGAGGAAGCUGUUAGUUUCUCCCAGUAACAGGAAGCUGUUAGUUUCUCCCAGUAACAGGAAGCUUUGAUGAGGAAGCUGUUAGUUUCUCCCAGUAACAGGAAGCUGUUAGUUUCUUCUAGUAACAGGAAGCUUUGAUGAGGAAGCUGUUAGUUUCUCCAAGUAACAGGAAGCUGUUAGUUUCUCCCAGUAACAGGAAGCUUUGAUGAGGAAGCUGUUAGUUUCUCCCAGUAACAGGAAGCUGUUAGUUUCUCCCAGUAACAGGAAGCUUUGAUGAGGAAGCUGUUAGUUUCUCCCAGUAACAGGAAGCUGUUAGUUUCUUCCAGUAACAGGAAGCUGUUAGUUUCUCCCAGUAACAUGAAGCUGUGAUGAGGAAGCUGUUAGUUUCUCCCAGUAACAGGAAGCUGUUAGUUUCUUCCAGUAACAGGAAGCUGUUAGUUUCUCCCAGUAACAUGAAGCUGUGAUGAGGAAGCUGUUAGUUUCUCCCAGUAACAGGAAGCUGUUAGUUUCUCCCAGUAACAGGAAGCUGUUAGUUUCUCCCAGUAACAGGAAGCUGUUAGUUUCUCCCAGUAACAGGAAGCUGUUAGUUUCUUCCAGUAACAGGAAGCUGUUAGUUUCUCCCAGUAACAGGAAGCUGUUAGUUUCUCCCAGUAACAGGAAGCUGUUAGUUUCUCCCAGUAACAGGAAGCUGUUAGUUUCUCCCAGUAACAGGAAGCUGUUAGUUUCUCCUAGUAACAGGGAGCUUUGAUGAGGAAGCUGUUAGUUUCUCCCAGUAACAGGAAGCUGUUAGUUUCUCCCAUUAACUGGAAGCUGUUAGUUUCUCCCAGUAACAGGAAGCUGUUAGUUUCUCCCAGUAACAGGGAGCUGUUAGUUUCUCCCAGUAACAGGAAGCUUUGAUGAGGAAGCUGUUAGUUUCUCCCAGUAACAGGAAGCUGUUAGUUUCUCCCAUUAACAGGAAGCUGUUAGUUUCUCCCAGUAACAGGAAGCUGUUAGUUUCUCCCAGUAACAGGAAGCUGUUAGUUUCUCCCAGUAACAGGAAGCUGUUAGUUUCUCCCAGUAACAGGAAGCUGUUAGUUUCUCCCAGUAACAGGAAGCUGUUAGUUUCUCCCACUAGGAGCCGUGAUGAGGCCCACCCAACACCUAUCAUUGUUAUCAGUAGGAGAAAUGGCCCACCCAACACCUAUCAUUGUUAUCAGUAGGAGAAAUGGCCCACCCAACACCUAUCAUUGUUAUCAAUAGGAGAAAUGGCCCACCCAACACCUAUCCUUGUUAUCAGUAGGAGAAAUGGCCCACCUAACACCUAUCCUUGUUAUCAGUAGGAGAAAUGGCCCACCCAACACCUAUCAUUGUUAUCAGUAGGAGAAAUGGCCCACCAAACACCUAUCCUUGUUAUCAAUAGGAGAAAUGGCCCACCCAACACCUAUCCUUGUUAUCAAUAGGAGAAAUGGCCCACCCAACACCUAUCAUUGUUAUCAGUAGGAGAAAUGGCCCACCAAACACCUAUCCUUGUUAUCAAUAGGAGAAAUGGCCCACCCAACACCUAUCCUUGUUAUCAAUAGGAGAAAUGGCCCACCCAACACCUAUCAUUGUUAUCAGUAGGAGAAAUGGCCCACCCAACACCUAUCUUUGUUAUCAAUAGGAGAAAUGGCCCACCCAACACCUAUCCUUGUUAUCAGUAGGAGAAAUGGCCCACCCAACACCUAUCCUUGUUAUCAGUAGGAGAAAUGGCCCACCCAACACCUAUCCUUGUUAUCAGUAGGAGAAAUGGCCCACCCAACACCUAUCAUUGUUAUCAGUAGGAGAAAUGGCCCACCCAACACCUAUCCUUGUUAUCAGUAGGAUAAAUGGCCCACCCAACACCUAUCCUUGUUAUCAGUAGGAGAAAUGGCCCACCCAACACCUAUCCUUGUUAUCAGUAGGAGAAAUGGCCCACCCAACACCUAUCCUUGUUAUCAGUAGGAGAAAUGGCCCACCCAACACCUAUCCUUGUUAUCAGUAGGAGAAAUGGCCCACCCAACACCUAUCCUUGUUAUCAGUAGGAGAAAUGGCCCACCAAACACCUAUCCUUGUUAUCAGUAGGAGAAAUGGCCCACCAAACACCUAUCCUUGUUAUCAGUAGGAGAAAUGGCCCACCCAACACCUAUCAUUGCUAUCAGUAGGAGAAAUGGCCCACCAAACACCUAUCCUUGUUAUCAGUAGGAGAAAUGGCCCACCCAACACCUAUCAUUGUUAUCAGUAGGAGAAAUGGCCCACCCAACACCUAUCAUUGUUAUCAAUAGGAGAAAUGGCCCACCCAACACCUAUCAUUGUUAUCAGUAGGAGAAAUGGCCCACCCAACACCUAUCCUUGUUAUCAAUAGGAGAAAUGGCCCACCCAACACCUAUCAUUGUUAUCAGUAGGUAGCUUAGUGGUAGCUUAGUGGUAGCUUAGUGGUUAUCGGCAGGUAGCUUAGUGGUUAAGAGCGUUGUGCCAGUAACCGAAAGGUUGCUGGUUCUAAUCCCCGAGCCGACUAGGUGAAAAAUCUGUCGAUGUGCCCUUAAGCAAGGCACUUAACCCUAAUUGCUCCUGUAAGUCGCUCUGGAUAAGAGCGUCUGCUAAAUGACGUAGAUGUAGAUGUAGAUCAGUAGGAGAAAUGGCCCACCCAACACCUAUCAUUGUUAUCAGUAGGAGAAAUGGCCCACCCAACACCUAUCCUUGUUAUCAGUAGGAGAAAUGGCCCACCCAACACCUAUCCUUGUUAUCAGUAGGAGAAAUGGCCCACCCAACACCUAUCAUUGUUAUCAGUAGGAUAAAUGGCCCACCCAACACCUAUCCUUGUUAUCAGUAGGAGAAAUGGCCCACCAAACACCUAUCCUUGUUAUCAGUAGGAGAAAUGGCCCACCCAACACCUAUCAUUGUUAUCAGUAGGAGAAAUGGCCCACCCAACACCUAUCAUUGUUAUCAAUAGGAGAAAUGGCCCACCCAACACCUAUCCUUGUUAUCAGUAGGAGAAAUGGCCCACCCAACACCUAUCAUUGUUAUCAGUAGGAGAAAUGGCCCACCCAACACCUAUCCUUGUUAUCAGUAGGAGAAAUGGCCCACCCAACACCUAUCCUUGUUAUCAGUAGGAGAAAUGGCCCACCCAACACCUAUCCUUGUUAUCAGUAGGAGAAAUGGCCCACCCAACACCUAUCAUUGUUAUCAGUAGGAGAAAUGGCCCACCCAACACCUAUCCUUGUUAUCAGUAGGAGAAAUGGCCCACCCAACACCUAUCCUUGUUAUCAGUAGGAGAAAUGGCCCACCCAACACCUAUCCUUGUUAUCAGUAGGAGAAAUGGCCCACCCAACACCUAUCCUUGUUAUCAGUAGGAGAAAUGGCCCACCCAACACCUAUCAUUGUUAUCAGUAGGAGAAAUGGCCCACCCAACACCUAUCCUUGUUAUCAGUAGGAGAAAUGGCCCACCCAACACCUAUCAUUGUUAUCAGUAGGAGAAAUGGCCCACCCAACACCUAUCAUUGUUAUCAAUAGGAGAAAUGGCCCACCCAACACCUAUCAUUGUUAUCAGUAGGAGAAAUGGCCCACCCAACACCUAUCAUUGUUAUCAGUAGGAGAAAUGGCCCACCCAAACACCUAUCCUUGUUAUCAGUAGGAGAAAUGGCCCACCAAACACCUAUCCUUGUUAUCAGUAGGAGAAAUGGCCCACCCAACACCUAUCAUUGUUAUCAAUAGGAGAAAUGGCCCACCUAACACCUAUCCUUGUUAUCAGUAGGAGAAAUGGCCCACCCAACACCUAUCAUUGUUAUCAAUAGGAGAAAUGGCCCACCCAACACCUAUCCUUGUUAUCAGUAGGAGAAAUGGCCCACCCAACACCUAUCCUUGUUAUCAGUAGGAGAAAUGGCCCACCAAACACCUAUCAUUGUUAUCAGUAGGAGAAAUGGCCCACCCAACACCUAUCCUUGUUAUCAGUAGGAGAAAUGGCCCACCCAACACCUAUCCUUGUUAUCAGUAGGAGAAAUGGCCCACCCAACACCUAUCAUUGUUAUCAAUAGGAGAAAUGGCCCACCCAACACCUAUCCUUGUUAUCAGUAGGAGAAAUGGCCCACCCAACACCUAUCAUUGUUAUCAGUAGGAGAAAUGGCCCACCAAACACCUAUCCUUGUUAUCAGUAGGAGAAAUGGCCCACCCAACACCUAUCAUUGUUAUCAGUAGGAGAAAUGGCCCACCCAACACCUAUCCUUGUUAUCAAUAGGAAAGGUGAGUUCAGACUGUGCUGUUUAAUGUUCUGAGCAUUGUGUUUUUCCCUUUAAAUGUGGAUCUAUGUGUGAGUGUCCUUGCAACACUUUUAUCUUGACCUCAUUUGUGUUGUUGCAGUGUAGAGUGGACAAAUGGUGUGAAGGGACAGUUUAACACUCAUAUUUACAGUAUAACCCUAUCAAUUCAAUUUCAAUUCAAUUUAAGGGCUUUAUUGGCAUGGGAAACGUAUUUUUACAUUGCCAAAGCAAGUGAAGUAGAUAGUAAACAAAAGUGAAAUAAACAAUAAAUAUUAACAGUAAAAAUUACACUCAGAAGUUUCAAAAGAAUAAAGACAUUUCAAAUGUCAUUUAUGUCUAUAUACAGUUUUGUAACAAUGUGCAAAUAGUUAAAGUAUAAAUGGGAAAAUAAAUCAAUAUAAAUAUGGGUUGUAUUUGACAAUGGCGUUUGUUCUUCACUGGUUGCCCUUUUCUUGUGGCAACAGGUCACACAUCCUGCAGCUGUGAUGGCACACUGUGGUAUUUCACCCAGUAGACAAGAGAGUUUAUCAAAAUUGGAUUUGUUUUCUAAUUCUUUGUGGGUCUGUGUAAUCUGAGGGAAAUAUGUGUCUCUAAUAUGAUCAUACAUUUGGCAGGAAGUUAGGAAGUGCAGCUCUGUUUCCACCUCAUUUUGUGGGCAGUGUGCACAUAGCCUGUCUUCUCUUGAGAGCCAGGUCUGCCUACGGCGGCCUUUCUCAAUAGCAAGGCUAUGCUCACUGAGUCUGUACAUAGUCAAAGCUUUCCUUAAGUUUGGGUCAGUCACAGUGGUCAGGUAUUCUGCCACUGUGUACUCUCUGUUUAGGGCCAAAUAGCAUUCUAGUCACAUUCCUUUACUUUAAUAACAUAUUUCAGUUGUUGUUACAUUUGUUUUAUUUGAUUACUUUAUUAUUGAAUUCCAAGUCAUCUCUUUUCUAUAGAGCUGCUGUCUGACAAAAUCACUGUUUUAGUAGUUCUUCAAAGUAAGUAAGGCAUACAUUUAUGACUGCUGAAUAUCAACUAUCUAUCACUUAGAUCAUGUAUUUUCAGGUAGAGAUACCUCACGAAGCAACAGAUCUCUAACCAUCACACGUCUUCUGUCUCUUCUCUCCCUCUCUGUGUAGGCGCACAAUGGAUUAUAGUCAUUGUAGUUAAUGACCACUUUUUCUGCGCUAAACUAUGUAGAAUAUUGGCCUGUUGGAAACUACAACACCCCUACUACAUCGCACAGAUAGGGCUUGAUCUUUCUCUAUAAAAACUGUGCAUUGAGCUCACAGAAGAAAACCUGAACGAAAUGGAAUUCAAAUAAUUGAACCGAUGGUCAAUUCGUUGUUUAAAAAACGAAAAAUAACCGAAAUGACAGUUAAUCGCUCAGCACUAAGAUGAACAGAACCAAGGACCUUACCUUCUCUUUUUCCUCCAUCUCUUCCCUUCCCCCCCCCCCCCCCCCCCCCCCCUCUCUCUCUCUCUCUCUCUCUCUCUCUCUCUCUCUACCCCCAGCUCUUUGAGAGGAACAGCACCAAGGACCUUCUGAAGGUGGUCUACCCAUUGUUCCAGGCUGGCGUUCCCAGCUCCUUUAGCCAGCUGAUGAGCACUGUGUCGGCCCUGUUCUGUGGGUACCCAGAGGGAGAGGGAUCCAGGGUGCUCUCCUUCAACUGGUAUGAAGACAACAACUACAAGGUGUUCCUGGGGGUGAAUGGAUCCAAGAACCACGACUAUGUCUACGACAUGACAACCAGUAAGUAGAGUCAGGACUAGGGCUCAGAUCCGGGUUGAAUACAUCAUGUCAAAUACUUGACAAUAUUUGAGAUGUGCUCAGAGUUUGCACUUUAGGAACUAUUCCAUUGCUUCCAUUGUCACAGGCUAACUAGACAUUUCUCUCUCUCUCUCUCUUUCUCUCUCUCUCUCUCUCUCUCUCUCUCUCUCUCUCUUCUCUCUCUCUCUCUAUCUCCCUCCCUCCCCCCUCUCCUCCUCCUCUCAGCUCCGUUCUGUAAUGACCUGAUGCAGACUCUGGAGUCUAACCCGGUCACUAAGAUCGUGUGGAGUUCAGUCAAGCCUCUCCUCAUGGGGAAGAUCCUCUAUGCUCCAGACUCCCCAGCCAUCAGACUGAUACUGAAGAGUGUAAGACCCCCUCUCCUCCUCCUUGACUCUUGUUAA